AUGAUCUGGUACCUGCUCUAUCCACUGCGAGGAACAACAGAGGCCCCGGUCCUCUCAGCGUCUCACCCGCUUCGAAGAGUCCUCACUCGCUAUGGCCGCUAUGCCUCUCGCUAUGCAAUCAGCACGCUGCUCAUCUCUGCCGCCAUAGCGGCCUUUCUGAUCUAUCCGCUGCCCUUCAUCUACACCAGCCAUGUCAUCAACGGCGCCUCACCCCUCCCUCGCCAUGUCUGGACCGCCGCUCAGCCGCUUCCGUAUGACAACGCAGCCAGUCCCGACAUUGUCAUGCGCUCCAUCUGGGUUCAUUCGAGCUACAUGCAAGCACUAAGUCCCGAUAUUCUCCUAUCGGCCCUUGACUUGCAGGAUGCGCUUCUAGGCGACACCAAAGACUUUGGUCCCAGCAGAUCCUUUGGUCUGCUCCCUCCCAGUGACUCCGAAUCCCCCCUGACUCCAGCACAGCGGGAUGCCCUCCACAUCGUCAAUGGUCUGACCAACCAGUCGUGGAUACUCCAAUCGCCGUUACUGUACUGGAACUGCUCCCGUGAUCGCAUCCUGGCCGACGAGGAUAUCUUGGCCACAGUCAAUGACAAGAAGAACCACACUACUCCAGCAAAUAUCACUCUACGACAUUCCAUUGUUUUUAGUGGGAAGCGAUUUGAGGACCGCCGCUUAUUGGCCGCUGAUGCUCUCGUCAUCACGUUGCUGUAUCGAACAGACUCCCCCGUUGGUCGCCAGUGGGAGGCUGUAGCACGAUCGUUACCAGUCAAGAUGGGCGAUAAGUGGGAUAUAUAUCCUCCGAGUGGCAAUGUGUCGGCCAGCCAACUCUACGAAUUUCAAUUCAGGCCCAUGUCAGUGCAGGAUUCCAUCAUUCUAGCCCUGGCGUAUACGCUGUCCUUGGUGUACUUUCUCCAGCAAGUGUCCAAGGUUCGCGCUGUCAAGUCUAAACUGGGUCUGAUAGCCACCGUCGUGAUGCAGAUUAUCAUGUCAAUUGCCGCAAGCUUCACAAUUUGCGGCGUCUUCAAAAUCGACCUGUCUGGCAUCCCUCGAGCCGCAUAUCCUCUCGUCAUAUUAUCCAUGAGCUUGGAGCAUAUCCUUCGCCUAAUGGACGCCGUAGUCCGCACUCCCUCUGGAGAAAACACAAGUAGCAGGAUAGGGUCUGCUUUUGGGGAGACUGCGCCUACUGCCCUGGUUAGCACUGUCCAAAACUUUUUGAUUCUCCUCGGCUUAUCCUAUGCCGUCACCCCAAGCGUAUCCGCAUUUUGCAUCUUUGCGGCAAUUGCCAUUGUGCUCGACUUUUUCUUCUUGUCCAGCUUCUUCAUCUCCGUUCUUAGUGUUGAUGUGCGGCGAAUGGAGCUUGGGGAUGCUCUCGCCAGAGAGGCCAUGCGUCGCAAACUAAAAGCACGUCGCCCUCGGGAACACCCAUCCUGGGCGAAGCGUAUGCUUGAAGGCAAAAUUGCAUUAUCAACACGCAUUGCGGGAACAGUCGUCAUGAUAAGCUUCGUCAUCAUCGCGCAGUCUCACUUUUUCGGUGGCGGCGAUAUUUCCCAGAGGCUGGCUCACUUAUACAAUGGCCAGGAUUUGGAACCCAACAUGUCAUCGCUCAAGACGUCCCAUCUGGAGGAUAUCCACCAAGCAAGAACUCCCACGUCUUGGCUGCGACUUCAAGAUCAUGAUGCCGCCCGUGAAAUAAUCCGCCUCAUAAAACCUUCAGCCUACAGCUACAUAGCUAGAGUCUAUGAGCCUUUAGUGUUUGUAAAAAAGGGAUCUAACCGAGUGCCGAUGAUGAAAGAGCCUGCGCUACUCCCAGCGAUAUAUGACUUUGCGCAUCACCAGCUGCGUACAUUCGUCUUUAUCGACAUUGUUGUGGUUGCCUUGCUGCGUCUUCUGGUAAGCUACCUACUGCCGGAAGACGAGACCAAGGCGGAAGAGCUGCAGGACUCGAGUGACCAAUCCAACUUGUGUGUGAAAACGCUCUCCGGGGGACACACACUCGAUAUAGCUAUGCUCGCCUACUCACCAAGAGGCUACCUUCUAUCUGUUGGUCUAGACCGUAUGAUUCGCCUGUGGGACGUUAACCAUAGGAAUAAAGGCCCAGUCUCUAACCUGGAAAGGGAAAUCCUGGUGAAAUUUCCCGUGCUUGCAGUUGCCAUGAGUGAAGACUCGGAUUGGCUGGCGAUCUUAUCAUCCGACACGGUCAUCUUUUGGAAUAUUACAACCCAUGUCCACGGCUCUUCCGUGGCCGUAGAGACCUACAACCAGAAGCCAGAGUCCUUCUUUCUGGAACCAACCGCAUCAUCAGAUAUUCCAAGAGCAGUCAUAUUGGCAACCAUCCAAGGGUCUCCCUUGUAG